UUUAAGUCCAAUUUCACGUAAAUAUUUUCGCAGUAGAAAUAUGUGGUAGAGGAUUAUUAGGUCGCCUCACUUGACUGUCGUCAUCUUUGUGCGACUGCUCUGUGCCUCUACCGGAAGCAAACUAAAAGGAAAAAAAGACGAUGUCUGGAAGUUUUUAUUUCGUCAUGGUCGGUCAUCAUGACAAUCCUGUGUUUGAGAUGGAGUUCCUGCCAGCUGGGAAGCCUGAAUCAAAGGAUGACCAUCGUCACUUGAACCAGUUUAUCGCACAUGCAGCUCUGGAUCUGGUGGAUGAAAACAUGUGGUUGACCAACAAUAUGUACCUAAAAACUGUGGACAAGUUCAACGAGUGGUUUGUUUCAGCCUUUGUCACUGCAGGUCAUAUAAGAUUCAUCAUGCUGCAUGAUGUGCGACAAGAGGAUGGAAUCAAAAACUUCUUUAACGAUGUUUAUGAUUUAUACAUUAAGUUUGCAAUGAACCCAUUCUAUGAAAUCAACGCACCUGUCCGCUCUACAGCUUUUGAGAGGAAAGUACAGUUUCUUGGAAAGAAACAUCUCCUGAAUUAAUCACUCCACAUGCACAACAAUGUGAAUACAUCUUGUCUGUCUGUUAAGUAUAUACCUCUACUUACCCGUGUAUUGUCUAUAUGUUUGUUUUGACUGUUGAAAAAUGUAAAUAUUUAACACAGAUGUGAAUUUUCUAUUAAAAUAAUGUCUUGUCUCAGUUUAAA